AUGCUACUCUGCGGACAGGCUCCGGAUUCGCCGACUCUCAGACAAAGAGUUGCCGAUGGAGCAGUGUACAUCAACCUCGCUAUUAUCGAGCAGCAGCUUGGUCGAGUCCCCGACAGCUCAGGAUACCAGUCGAAUAAAGCAGAUUCUGCGAGAAAGUCCAACCCGUUUUCAAUUCUCAGUCGUCAGAAGGUUCAGAUACCGGACGAGUCGAUCCAGAUCGAGUUGUCGACAUUUUUCAACGAAGGCGACGGACGCGAUCAUCGCGUGAUACAACCUCGCCGAAUGCUAAUGCGAGCACGUGCGGGAGUUGGAAAGACUACCUUGUGCAAACAGAUGGUUUAUGACUUUACCCAAAAAAACAAAGUUGCACCGCUCAUGGACGCAGUGGUUCGACCGCUUACUCUGGAUGCCUCUGCGUAA